AUGAGAAUAUCAAGAUCCACUAUCGUCCUCCUGGUCGUAAUACUGAUAUUCUCUAUUUUGAUGGCGAAUAUCGCUGACUUUAUUAGCAUUGACCCUCAUCUUCCGGACGAAACCUUGGCGGACAAUAAUGAGGAUAUACAAUGGUCUGGACCAAAGUAUUAUCAUAUAGGAAAUUCGUACAGUCAUUUAAUAUGGUUCCUACAGAUAACUGACUUACAUAUAAGUAUCUUCAGAGAUCCAUCUAGAUUAUCGCAGUUCAAGGAAUUUUGUAAUGUGACAGUGAAUGCCAUUCAGCCUAAAGUAGUGCUUGCUUCAGGAGAUUUGACUGAUGCUAUAGCUAAAAAUAGAAUUAGUUCUAAGCAAGAAUACUGGGAAUGGCAAAAUUACAGAAAUGUACUAGAUCAGACUAAUGUCAGCAAGAAAGUUUUAUGGCUAGAUGUCAGAGGAAAUCACGAUAACUUUGACAUCAUCCAUUUCAACUCUAAGAAUAACUAUUAUUCAUAUUACUCUAUUCAAGGAAAGAAACAUCCUAGAUCCUACAUGUACAAUGUUAAUACUGGGCUUGAAAUAUAUUCCUUUAUUGCAAUUGACGCUUGCUUGAAACCUGGUCCCAAGAGACCAUUCAAUUUUAUUGGUGUUUUAGAUCAUGAUGAAAUUUAUAGGAUACAACAGUUAGUGAAUAGGUCGAAAGAAAACAAUGCUGUUAAUGCAAUCGUAUUUGGUCAUUAUCCCACUUCAAGCAUAAUAUCGCCAUCUGGUACAAAUAUAAGAAAUAUUUUAGGUAAUUUUAGAGAGAGCAUGGUGUAUCUGUGUGGUCAUUACCAUACAUUAGGCAAUAUGGUACCCCAUAUGUACACGUUACAAAAGGCGGGCUUCCUUGAGUUAGAAUUGGCAGAUUGGAAAGAUAAUAGAAUGUAUCGCAUUGCGGCGGUAGAUCACGGCCAAUUCUCAUUCAUUGAUAUAAAACACAAUGAUUGGCCCGUAGCGUUAAUUACCAAUCCAAAAAACGUGCUGUUUAUGAUGCCACAAAAGGAAAAUUUGGAAUCUAUUAUCAAAUCCACACAUGUCAGAGUUCUGGCAUUUUCUACGGUUCCAAUAAACACUGUCGAAAUUCAAUUGGAUGGUGAUGUCUGGCAAAAAUGUAAUCACGUGGAUGGACCUCUUUAUGUAUUGCCAUGGAACGCGACAAGAUACAAAGAGGGUAUUCAUCAGAUAACAGUACGUGUAAUCGAUAAUGAAGACAGAAAGAAAAUUGUGUCCCAUUCUUUUUCUCUUGAUGGAUCGUGGUUAUCUACUUCUAUUUUUCCUAAAUUAUUGCUGAUGGUUAAUAUAGUUGACAUUUUACAAUACGUGUUCUUCAUUACAUUGGUAUUGUCAAUCUUCCCGCUAUGCUUCCUUCGACUUAUUCAUGAACAUUACAAGAAUAAACGCAUACAACUACCGCGGCGACGCAUGAGGUGCUAUCACUUGUGGCUGAGAAAAUUAUGGAUACUGUCCACCAUUGAUCCGGUGUUUUUUGGAUUGGUGGCGUACACGUUUUAUUUCACCAUCGGACCAUGGACCAUGGGAGAAAUAAUUGAGGAUCACCUAGGUGUGAUCUUUGUGUGGGGAACGUUGGUCGGAAACAUGUAUUUACCAGGCGGUCUAACUUACGCUUAUGGAUUUCUUCAGUUGAUAGGUUUCCAUCUGCCCCUUACGCUAACUUUAGCACAUCAUGUUGAUCGUAGAUUACGCGAAGCUGAAUGUCCUUUGCGAGCUGUGUCAAAAUUCCGUAUGAUUUGGCGGUUUUUACCAAUUUUAAUAAUAAUCUUAUUGCAAGUCAUUCUGGGUUAUUUUUUAUAUUUGGAGUAUGGUAUAAUAGCGAUUUUGUUAUGUCCAUUACGAACGGGAAGUAUCAUUUUAGCAAUCUUUCAAUCUUAUUUUAUUGCCGCGAUGCCGGUUUCGUACUUAAGAUCUGCUGCAUCUGUGUGGUGUCCCAACGGAGCCAUCGAUAACAACAAUGCAAUUCAAUAAAAAUGGUAAAAAUAACACAAUUAGGAAUGUUUGGUAAGCUAAUGUUUUAUUUAAAAGGUUGAUAUUACUAAUAGAUUUAUAAAAAGAAAUUUUGUAUGUAUUCUAUUUAACACUUUAAGAGUAAAAUUAUCAUGAUACCAACAGACUCUCAGAAGCCAAUCAUGUUUUAAGAAAAAUAAUUAGAUCAAAAGUAAUAAAUUAUUUUUUAUGCCAUAUUUUAUGUUAUAUUUUAAGAAAGAGUCUUAAAUACUGUUUGCAUUUCAUAAUGAAAUGAAAUUAUUAAGUAUCCUAUAUUAUACUCAAUUAUUUUAUUAUGUACUAUAUGAUUAUCGAUGAAGAUAUGUUUCAAUAGUUAAUUUAUUAAUACAAUUAAAGAUGAGGUAAAUCUGUAUACGGCUUAUAUACUGGAUAUUACUUGUUCUGAUUCAAUUUAAAAGUUGUGUUUGAAAUUGAAAGUAACGCAGUUCAAAACAAUAAAAAAUUGUAAAAUUACAUAAGAAAUAUUAUUUUAGUGCCAAGUUUCUCCUAUGACCGUAUAUGUAUAGGCCAUCUCAUUUUUAAUUCUAUUAUAUACUAAAUGCAGUCUAGUUUCAAUUGUUAAUUAUUUAAUUUAUUAAUUUUAAGCUGUGAUACGCUUGUAACGCGUAUGAUGGAAUGUGAUAAUUAUUGUUCAUAAGAUUUGCAUUAAUAAUAAUUAUUUUUUAUUUUCAAAUUGUUUGUAAUUUAGCUUGAGAAUUUCUUGGAUGAAAUACUUAUGGUUUUAUUCUUUUUAUAAAUAAUAGUUAAAAUGAAAUGUCACAGAGCUAAAGAAAAUAUUUAUAUAUUGUAAAUGUUGCUAUUAUUUUAUACUUUGGUCUAGUACUUUAACUCUUUACUGUAAAGUAAUAGUUAAUGAUAUUAGAGAGAUGUGUAUUGAAUGACUAAAUUGUGAUAUUUUCUAAUCUAAUGAACAGAGCUUUAGGAAAUGACGCUACACAGAGAGAUUAUAUGUAUAUAUAUAUAUAUAUAUAUAUAUAUAUAUAUAUAUAUAUAUAUAUCGUAAUUUUAGCGCUCUUAUCCACAAUUAUUAACCAAAUCUUCUAAUUACUUCCUUAUAACAUAUAUUUUUCUACUUCUCUACAUUUGAAAUCUAUACUAUACUCUUUUCACGACGAUACUCUGUAGAUAUACUUGAAAACAAUCUCAGAAGUUUUCACUGUAGCAUAUUCAAAAGUGUCAGAAAUAUAUUAGAAUUUAAUAUUGUUUUCCAUUUGAGAUGUAUUUUGUGCAAAGUGGCUACAUUGGCUUACUUGUAUGAGCUACACCAAUUCAGAGUAUUUACUACUGGAAAAAGGAGAAAACGUGAAAUUUUCAGGGAAUUUAUUUUUUAUGUUUAAUUAUCAUGAUUUUUAUUUACUCAGGGAAUUUUGUUGCUACACAACUUGCUACACAACUUUCAAAGAGAUUGAAAUGUAUUUUUGAAAUGUAGGAUGCUAAAAGAAAUCAAUGAAAGUAACAUUGUUUAAAUAUGAUUACGUGUUACCGAAUAUACUUGAUGUGUAAAUAUAACAAUAACAGACGAAAGACUCUAAGAGAAAAAUGUGUGAAAAUGUUGUGUAAUAAAUGUAAUUAACAAUAGUAUACAAUUAAGUAAUGAAAUAUUUUUUUCUUACUACUGGUAGUUUUCACAAAGGUUAAAUAAUACCAUCAACAAAAUGUUAUUAAAUACCGACAAUCUUAUGGCAAUUUACGUGACUAAUAAGAUUUAAAUGAUUAAUUUAUAUUAUAAUAUUAACUUUACGCUUUGUUAUUAUAAAUUGAAAAUUUUACUAUUAUAUGAAAUACAUAUUGUAUAUUAUCAAUUAUUCUACAAUUUAUAUUUGAGAUCAUUGUGUAUAUAGAUUUACUUAAUAUUUUCUAAAACAAAAAGUAAAGAGAAAUUUAAAUAAUUAAUAUGAAUUUUUUUGAUUAGUAAAGAAAACUUGUGACUAAGUUUCAUUUUCUCUUUGCUGUAAAAAUUAUUUCAAGCAAUUAUUCUCGGUGUAAUAAUUUUUUUUUAAAGCAAUAGUGUGGUUUCUUUGCAUAUUACUAAUUGCUUUAUCUCAUUUUGUAUAUAAAAGUAUUAAGAUACAAUUGUAAAAAAAAACUAAUAGUUUAUGAGAUAUUUUAUACUUUAUCAUGCCAUAUUUUGACAUAAAAUAUAAAAUAUCUCUUAAACUAUUUUUGAUCAUAAGUUUUUUGAACUUUAUCUUAAUAAUUAUUUUAUAUGCAGAUUUAUUAGAAAAAUCAUGUUAAAAAAUCAUAUAAUUUUAUUCAAAAAAUAGUAAAGACUUUCAAAAAUUGAUUUUUUCGAAAAAAAUAAUUUUAUCAUUAUGUGUUGUCCUCUAAACAAUAAAAAUUUUGUCUGAAGCUGUUUUUUUGUAUCUUCCAGUUUUCGAGAAAUCUCAAUGCGUUAUUUAAAGUAAAACAUCUUGUAUAUAAAACAGUGAUUGUAAAAUAAAAUAUAUUAAUUUUAAUAUAAUAUCAAAGUUUGAUACUGUUUUUUCUGUGUAGUGAUUGUAAUCCGGGAAUAAUUAUGUGGAAUAAUUUUAAUUUUCUUUAUUUGUAACAAUUAAUAAAAGCUUUAAUUUAUUAAUUGUUGUGUUUGAUUACUAUAUAUGCGAGUGAUAAUUGUAGAAGGAAAUGUAGUGUUACAAAAAUACAUGAUAUUAUUGCAUUAUAAGUUGCCGUAUUUAUUUGUGAAGAAUCUGUGGAAUAAAAAAUUAUGAAUUUAAUACUA